UGUCCUUGAAAAAAACAUGAAAAAAUAGUAAUGAUUUGACCAUUGGUGUCUGUUAUGACUUAUUAUCCCACAAUGGCACCAUUAAUAUUAGAGGGGAAAACGUUGGGAGAAAAACAUCGCCAUUACAAUCAAUUCCUGAGCAAAGUAACAGGAUCACCACGAAAGUUGUUAAGAAUUGAAUAUGAUAAACCAGAUAUAGACAACUUAUUCAAAAUUGAUAUAGCAUGUUACCAAAGAGAUGUCCAAUAUAUACUAGAUGUACUAAAGUGUGAAGAUAUGUUAUAUGUGUCAAGGGCUAUAAGGAAAUGUAAGUGGCUGAUCACAGACAACAGUUACGCUGCUAUAAUCAACCCAGAAUAUUUGCACAAUGAACUGUUCCCACAAAUGACAAGCAAAGCUAAAUGUAAAUUUAUAUUACACAUACGACUUUUUUUAAAAGAUGAAAAGCGAGUGGAACAAUUUUUUGAUUUCUUAAAAACAUAUGAUUUACAGUCAGCCCUGAAAUGGCUACCGAAUUGUUCUAAUUUAUUCAUAGAAAGCAUCAUGAAAACACAUGCUACCGAAAUACCUUUACCGUUGAUAAAGCGCCUUUGCGAGAAAUCAAUUACCUUUCUGGAUGUUUACUGUCAGAAAAAUCCAUAUUACAAGCAAAUUGGAGCAUUGCAAUCGACAACAUUUCUCCUCCACAAAGAUUUUGAAAAAUAUAUGAGUAUAAUCGAAAAAUUCUUAAAAGAAGGUAACCGUGUUUUACAUUUAAACUCGAAAGUCACCAAAAAAAUUAUGAAAAACUGCCCGAAUAUUAUUCUGAAAAAUCUUGAUUUAUACCUUAAUAAUAUUGAUAUGCCUACAUUUGCUAAAUACAUAAACAAAGAAGAAAUUCAAGAAUUUAUAAAAUCAAAUAAGGAUAAAAAGGAAUUUAGGAGGCUUUUUGGAUUUGAAAAUUUACAGCAUUUUUUGAAACAAUUACCAGCUAAUACAAGAUUUGCUUUUGUAAAAGAAAAUUUCAUUGACAGGAAAAGUAAUGACCAAACAGUCACAAUAUGCUCUAAUGCUUAUCAGUGGUACCAACUAGCACCUUUUGAUAUUGCAAUGACAGAUUUAAAAAAACUGAUUCAAGCUGAAUCCGACCCUACUGAGAGAAGAGAAAUUCUAAAUAUUCUUUUAAUCUGUGCUGGUAGUAACAUGCAGCACAUUCAAUCCUUGAUCAAUUUUUACCGAAAAAAUCACAUCAAUGAACCUUUCAAAUUUAAAAUUCAAUUCAUUAAUAGCCUAAUAAGAAAGACAAAAACUUACGAGUAUGAUGAAAAUACUUGGCUGCAGGUUAAAGACCUAUUUUCCAGCAUGGAAGUGUAUGAAGAAAGUAAUAAUAACGUACAAGACUGUGUCAAAGCCAUUAUUUUGUACAAUGUCUUACACAAUGAAGUUGUUCCUGAUAUAAUAGAAAAGAAAUUUGAAUUUGAUACCUUUAUAUCUAUUCAAAAACAUCUGACCGAGGACAAGAAAAAAAUGUUGUUUGCUUACUUAUAUAAUCAUCUUUUUUAUAAACUUAACACAUGUGAUUUAUCAAAUGACAGAGGAUUUACUGAAGCUGCACUUGUGUUAGGAAAUGCACUCCAACUUUUGAUAAAUUGGAACAAGGACUUAUGUGAUUUUCCAAAUGUUGUCAAUAAAAUUAGGCAAUUAAUGCAAAUUAGAAAGGAUCGUGCAUGGUUACUACCACUUUUACAGUAUUGUUUAAGCAAGUCUGUAAGGAGAAUAUUCUUUCAAGAAUCUAUAUUCUUGCAUCCUACUGAAGAAACUCUUAUAAAUGUACUCAAACAUGAUCCACAUCUAUUAGAUUUAGACAAUGCUGACAUACAAAGCAUUUAUCUGGACGAUGCAGUAAUUUUGAAACGAUUACUGAAUAAAUUAAGAAUUUAUUGGACCCAGUCAAUAGCCCAGCAAUUAAAAACAAUAUACUUUGAAAAAUUAAAACUUAAAAGUAACUAUAAGUCCGCUGUUUCAGGAUUAUGUAUUUUACUCCCCCUAAAAGAAUCACAAGAAUUUGUCAAAAAGUACGCUCCUUCUGCUCACAAAAUCAACUGGAGUCAGUCGGAUCAAGAUUUACUUGCUAUCCAGAAAAAUUUAGGAAAAAGAAUGCAUCUCGCUAGACCACAGCUCCCACUGGAUGUAGCUCUACUUUACGCAAAGGGUGACUAUUUGCAAUAUGUCUUGCCUUCAAUAAACGCUCUUCUGUAUAAUAUAAGCGCAAUACGUAGUCGUGUGCAUAUAGAAGAAGUACUUAAUGCACCUGUUUCAUUGCAGAAGCACGGAAUUAGAAUAAUUUUGACAAAAGUAUCAUUUAUUGAAAUCAAAAAAAUUUUUGGCUUAAAGUGGACCUCUACAAAAAAUAAAAGCAUCAGAUCGACUCUCUUCAAGCAAACGUUUAAAAUGUUGUGUAAAGAAAAAGAUCCAAUUAUUGCUUUAGAUAUUUGGGAGCUACUAAAUUCGUUUAUAGAUGAUUUAACAAUGGAAGAGGACAAAAGUAUUUAUGUUACUUUGAGUAAUAUUGACAUGGUCCCUCUGCCCAUAAAAACAUCUUAUUGGAUAAAAAGUUAUACGUUUUUAAAAUCACUUCCUGAAAAAGCUAAUUGUUCUCAUAUAUACCGGCAAGUAAAAUCUAAAAUUCAUGAAAUAUUAGAAUUUUUAAGCGUAGAAUUCGCUGCCGAUAUUUUCAAAGAAUUCUUUGAAACCGAUUUUGAGAAUAAAAACAUAGAGCAAAAUGUAAAAAACUUAGCUUUAUAUUUGCUUUCUACAAAGAAUAGAGAAAUUCAACGCAAUAGAUACGAAAAAGUAUUUUUACCAAUGUUUGAAAAUGCUCUUCUUACUUGGAAUGAACGUACCGAAAAUAAUUAUUAUUCUAGGUAUAAAAUAAAUGAAUUAGUGCAGUGUUUAAUAAAACAGGUCCGCUUUGUUUUGCGAUAUAACAUGAUAAUGCCUAUUGAGUUAUUUAAUGACAUUUUACAGUGCUUAGAAAAAGCUAUAUCUAAAUCAGAAAACUAUAUUACACUUACAAAAUUAAAACUAGCCUUGUUCUACACACAAAUUAUUGACAGUAUUAUUGAGGGUGAAAAAGUUACAUUACAAGAAGACGAAUUGAAAGAAAAAUAUGUGAACAAUUCUUUAUAUCCGCAAACGAUUCCCAAGUUUACAGAAACUUUAAUUAAAUAUCUGAGAGAGGAUACACGUGAAAUGUAUUCAUCCAUAUAUCUCCUUUUUUCUGAUGUUGUAGACGACAUUCUUGAAUAUUUUUGCGAUACAGACCACAGUAAACUACAAACACUUCAAAGCUUGGUACAAAAUGAUGAUUCAAUUGAAGCACAACUAUUAGUUUUAACAUUAUUACCGAGAUUCCUAUACACAGACGAAGAUAAGGUCAUUAAGAUUAAAAUUUUAAAUAAAAUCGGUCAGCACCCCUCUGGUGAAGUUAACAUGCAUUAUUGGCGCUACCGGUCUUUGGACCUUUAAAAUCAAAUGUAAAUUAAUAUAUAAUAUUAUGUCAUCUGGUUCAAUCUGCUAUUUGAUUGAAUGACAAGCGUAUUCAUUGAAUGAAACCAUUUAUUUGAAUGACUAGACUUAAGAGCGCGCUGUCAAAUUUUGGUGUGUGUUCUAAUAAGUAACGAUCCCGGAAGACGAUUGACUCAAAUGAAAUUGAGAUUUAUUUAAUCAUAUCAUUCUAUACAUAUUUAUUUGAUACUUGGCUAACCGAAAACACGAUUUACUUAUUUUGACUCGAUAGUUUUAUUUUUCGAAAUUAUGAACCU